UACAAAAAACAGGGAGAGAAUUCAUUAGCAAUUAUAAAUUAUACUCUUGCAUUGAGAUGCAGGCCUACAGAUGAUGACAUAUAUUUCAAGAGAGCUACGAUCUAUGAUGAAGAAGGUGAUUUAAUAAUGGCUAUAGAUGAUUAUUCCAAAAGCAUUUACUAUAACCCCCGAAGAACAGAUGCACUUAUGAAGCAUGGACUAUAUUACUUUAAUAAAUCAACUUGGUCGGUUGCUAUUAAUGAUUUUACAGAUGUGAUUAAAAUAGAUCCAAGCAAUGCAGAGGCAAGAACGUUUCGAGGAAGAGCAUAUUUAAAACAAGAGGACUACAAAAAGGCAGCUGCUGAUUUCUCUGCUGCAAUUCACUUGGACCCUUGCAAUUGGCUGGCAUUCUACUACAGAGGUUGUAUUUUGAGAAAGAUUGAUCCAAAGCAAGCUCUUCGGGACUUCAGCAUUUCUGUUCUUCUCAAUGAUGAUUAUGAAAAUCUUAGUAGUUUCUUUCACCGUGGCAUCUUGUAUUCAGAAAUGAAACAGUGGAUAUUGGCAAUGUGUGAUUUCGAAAGUGUAGUGGCUUUGGACAGGUUUCUUACUUUGCCUUAUAUAAAUAUUGGACUGAUCAUGCUGUUACAUUUGGAUCGUUAUUUUGAAUCUAUUGGACAGUUCACUAGUGCCAUUCAGAUGGAUCCUUUAGAUACCAGGCCAUAUUUGUGCAGAGCUCAAGCAUAUCAUAAGAUUCACAAGUUGAAGGAUUCAUUGAAAGAUAUUACUAGAGCCAUUCAUCUCCAGCCGAACUCACCCCAUUUAUACCUAUUAAGGGGACAAUAUUUGCUAGAUAUGAAGAAUUAUGAACUGGCAAGUUUCUGCAUACACCAAGUAGCAGAAAUGGGCCAAGGAUCCUUUGAAUGUUCCAUUGUUCAAGAAGCACUUGUUCAGUCAUUUUGUCAAAAUCAUAGUAAGGCCAUUGAGUGUGCACUGACAGCUACAAAGAAGCAACCUGAUCCUUCCACGUUUGUUCUUCUGGGGAAAAUCCAAAUGAAAGCCAAAAAGCACAAGGAUGCUUUGGCUAGUUUUAAAGAAGCACUGAGGCUGCUUAAGGGCACUGCAAAAGCUGUGCCAAGUAUAUUUGAGGCUGCAGAAAUGUAUUAUUUUAUGGGCCAGUGCUACAUGGAACAAGUUUCUUUAAUAGAGGCUUGUGAUGCUUUUUCCACUGCUGUCAAACUGUAUCCGUGUUAUGCUGAUGCAUUUUAUGAGCGAGGACUAUGCAGAAUGCAACUCCAGCAAGAAAAAUGCAUAUUAGAUUUCAACAAAGUGCUUGCUAUUUCACCAAAUCAUUUUCAGGCAUAUUUAAGUCGUGCUGCUUUCUUUGGAAGUAAGGGGAGAUACUCAAAAGCAAUAAUGAACUGUACUGAGGCCAUCAAAAUUCAUCCUAAGAGCGUGAGAGCCCAUCUCUACAGAGGAGCACUGAAAAUUUUCAAUAAGACUUACAAAAAUGCCGUUGAAGAUUUAACUAAAACUAUAGAACUGGACAAUAUUUGCAUUUUGGCUUAUUAUAACAGGGGAGUCUGUCACCAUCAGAUGAAGGACUACAAAAAUGCUUUGAAAGAUUACAGUAUUACUCUUCUUCUUGAACCAAACAAGGACAUGGUCUUGAAAGUGUUGGUUAACCGGGCUCUGGUCUAUGCUGAACUGGAUCAGUAUGCUAAUUCAUUGGAGGACUUUAUAGAGGCAGCAUUGAGUAAACCAAAAGACUGUAAACUGUUCAAAGCUCUUGGAAUCUGCUAUCACAGGCUUCAAAAGUACGAAGAAGCUGUGAAGUCAUUUUCUACAUUGCUUAAAUUAAAUCCUUUUUCUCUGGAUGGCUACAUUGGACGAGGGAAUGCACACAUGGAAUAUGGUCAUCAGGCUGGUUCAAAACAGGCCCAGAAAGAUUUCUUGAAAGCAAUACACUUAAAUCCAUUAUGUAUAAAGGCCAGACUUUGCUUAGGAUACAAUUUACAGGGUCUUGGAAAGUUUCAAAAAGCUUGGCACCAGUUUUCAGCAGUGAUUCACGUUGAUCCACAAUGUCAUAUUGCUUAUGAUGGGCGUGCUAUAGUUUGUCUUCAGAUGGGUGAUACGUUUGCUGCCUUUCAAGAUAUAAAUACUGCACUAAAGCUUACUACCAGUGCAGAACUCCUUACAAAUCGAGGUGUCAUUAACCAGUUUAUGGGAUAUUUAAGCUAUGCCAUGAAAGACUAUCAGCAGGCAAUCACUUUUGAUCCUGACUAUGCGUUAGCAUAUUUCAAUGCAGCAAAUAUUUACUUCCUUAACAGGCAAUUUUCACAGGCAAAAGACUACUAUUCCAAGGCACUCACUCUUGAUGCAAAAAAUGAAUCUGCAUUCUUGAAUCGAGCUAUUACAAAUACACUACUGAGAAACUUUGAGGAAGCAAAAGCAGAUUUUGAGAAGGCAGCAUGUCUUAGCCCUUUCUCUGCAGCAGUAUAUUAUAACAGAGCAAACCUCUACAACACAUUAAAACAAUAUGAACAAGCUGAGGAGGACAUUUCAAAAGCUCUCGCAAUUCAGUCUUAUGAUCCCCUGAUGUAUAAACUUAGAGCUGAUAUUCGUGGCAAACUGGGUUUGAUCAAAGAAGCUAUUGCUGAUUACAAGAAAGCUAUCAGUAUCCAAGAAUUUAUCUUCACAGGGUGA